AUGGCAGCAGCCGCAGUCUCACAACAACGCUACGCGUCCCCAUCUCACCCCCCGCCCACAAUCCUCAUCACACAGCAGCCAGCCGAGCGGCCGCCCCUCGACCUCCUCUACCCAGCCAGCAGAGGCGAGUAUCCCCUUUCGGCGGGCCUGCCAUGCCUCGCACUCGCGGUCACAAAGCAGACACCGCACACGUCGUUCCGCUCCACACCGCCAUCGCCAUCCACCUUCCGGCUGCCGGCGCCCGCCCUCUCCAUCUCGCGGCUGUAUGCCCUCACGCGCGUGUACCAUGUCCCAUCUCAGAACGUUGUCGUGCUCACCUCGCCGAACCACCAUGAUGGCACCCGCGUCCGCCGCCUCAUGGACCCUGUCCUCCUCCACCCCGCGGUCCACCCUGCCGUGGUCCAGAUCAUGCCCUUCCUCACCCGCGUCUCAGAGUUCACCGACGUCGACGUCGCAGGACCCACUGGCCGCCUGCUCGAGUCGACGCUCGACCUCUGGCCCCUGCUCAACCCAUACAUGAACAUCUGGAACCCCGCAGUCAUGCGGUAUAUCCACGAAUUCAAAGGGUGUCUCCCGCCGUUCUGGUACAAGCCUGAUAGAGUGUGA